GGUAGCUGGACACGGAGGAGGGAGACAGCACAAUAGCGAGCGACGUUCUCUAGAAGAGCCGCAGUCUCGUUCAGUGUGUGUUUAUUGGCGGUCGUAGUAGCGCGGGUGGAUUUGUCACGGUGAAGGAGUGAAACGUAUAGAGCCGCUCUACAGUGUAUGAAAAGCAAAAGCGGUGCGUUCUUUUCGAUUUAACGUAAAAUAAAAGCGAACGGGGACAAAUGCGGUGACCGAGGAUGCCUCGUGAGUGAACGUGCAACAAGAGACGCCGUAAGUGCGGGUGUCCUCGAGCUCGACUGCAGAUCUCUAGACCGGUCAACGAAAAUGCGGGCGCGAUACGUGGUGGCAGUACUGACCAGCUUAUUAGUGGUCACGGACGAAGCGCCGCAAGACAUCAGACACAAAAACUAUGAGGAACAUCCACGGGAGGCUUACUUCAAUGGCUCGGCUUUCUUAAAGCUGAGUUCGUUCGUCUCGGUGCACAGGCAUAGCGGCCUAAGUUUUCGAACAUGCGAGGGUGGCCGGCUGUUCAUGCAGAAAUACAAUGACGACUCGAUCAGUCUCGAAGUCACCCCGGAGGGGCUCCUCUUCGUCGCCAUCGUUGACCAGCAACGUUACAAAGCGAAACUUAACUCCAGGUUACUGAACAACGCCUGGCAGAACGUAAAUUUGUUUUUUAGACUGGGGAAUCUAACUUUAAAUGCGGCCGGUCACACGCAGGUAAUAGCUAAUGCAACCUACAACGCUGCGAUUCUUACACUGCCUGACUAUGACAUGAAUGGAUCUCUCAUCGUGGGAGAAGGAUUUAGGGGAUGCAUUCUCCAAGGUCCUGGCUUCCUGUUUAACGAUACUAUCAAUAAUGGAGCCGUCUUCGGUCCCUGUCCCGGAGAAAAUAAAGGAUGUGGUACCAGCGGACUCGGAGGUGGUGUAGGAUCGAGCGCAAUUACCGCCACGGAUUUCUGUCAUCUCGAGCCAUGCAUGAUGCAUGGCAAGUGCGUGUCACGGCAGGAUCGUUACGAGUGCCACUGUUACGCCCGAUAUUCCGGCAACAACUGUGAAAUUGACGAUGGUUCGCCCUGUUUGAACAGUCCCUGUCGAAAUGGCGGCACGUGUAAUGAGGACCAGAAGGGAGACUUCAGUUGCUCCUGCAAACCCGGUUUCACUGGGAUGUUCUGCGAGUCGCAGCUGGGCGUACGGUUCUGCGAGCAAAGCCCUUGCAGAAACGACGGCGUUUGCCUGGCGCUCACCGACAGCGAAUAUAAGUGCGACUGCUUGCCUGGAUGGACGGGGAAAAAUUGCGAAACCAAUUUCAACGAGUGCUCCUCGAAUCCUUGCAGGCACGGCGGGGUUUGCAUCGACGGUAUCAAUAACUAUACCUGUAUAUGCGAUAGAACAGGGUACGAAGGUUUCAACUGCGAGAUCGACAUCGACCAGUGCUCGGCGAAUCCUUGUCUAAACAACGGCGUGUGCUACGACAAUUACGGCGGUUAUAUUUGCCAUUGUCCGAACGGUUUCGAGGGCCAGAACUGCGAGUUGAAUCUGAACGAGUGCCUAUCGAACCCGUGCAAGCACGGUGACUGCGUGGACGACGUAGGUUCCUAUCAUUGCACCUGUCCGCCGGGAUAUGCCGGCCGUCACUGCGAUCUCAGGAGUCAGUGCGAGAACGCUGCGUGUCCGGCGAACAGCAUCUGCGUGGAAGACGUACACGGGCCACAAUGCGUUUGCAACCCUGGUUUCAUGGGCAAUCCACCGAACUGCAUUAUCAAUUACUGCGCCAGUAAUCCGUGCGCCAACGGCGGCACUUGCACCAGCAAUAAGGACGGGUAUAACUGUACUUGCCUACCAGACUGGAGAGGAGCGACAUGCCUAUCGCCCGCCUCGGAAUGGUGCACCGCCUGCUACAACGGAGGCAGUUGUCUCGAGACGCGUUUCGGUAUCAUGUGCCAAUGCCCGAGAUUCUGGUCCGGGCCUCAAUGCAAAGACCCGAUCACUUGUCACGAUCUACCUUGCAAACAAGCUUCCGCUUGCCUGGACUAUACCGGCGGCUAUUAUUGCACCUGCGAGCCAGGAUGGACAGGCCCUGAAUGCUCCAUCGAUGUGGACGAAUGUUCCAGCGAUCCUUGCCGCAACGGCGGAAUCUGCAUCGAUCAACUGAAUAGCUACUACUGUCAAUGUCUUCCGGGAUACACCGGAAAGAACUGCCAGAUCAACGUCGACGAAUGUUUAUCGCAACCCUGUCAAAACGGUGGCACGUGCAUCGACCAGAUCAACGGGUAUACGUGCAACUGCACGAAAGACUACAUGGACGAGAACUGCGAACGGGAGUAUAACGCGUGCGCCUUGAAUCCUUGCCAGAACAACGGGAACUGCACGUUGCUCUCGCGAUCGCGUCGCGAAUUCGUCUGCGAGUGCCCGCCAGGUUUCGAAGGGAAAGUGUGCGACAUCAACGUGGACGAUUGCAUCGACGUGAUAUGCCCCGACGGUAAAGUAUGCGUCGACGGUAUCGCCGGUUACGAGUGUAAAUGCCACGAGGGAUACAGGGACCCCAAUUGCACCCGCAUCGUUGACCACUGCGCGACGAAGCCCUGCAAUAACGGCACGUGCACCGAUCUCGGGGAACACGGUUUCGUGUGCAAUUGCAGCGAGGGCUUCCAAGGUCAGUUCUGCGAUGAAGACGUAGACGAGUGCGAGGUGAAAGGUAGAGCGCUGUGCAAUGAUGGGAUCUGCGUGAACAAGAACGGUAGCUACAACUGCUUCUGCAGACCUGGGUUCUCCGGAGACCAUUGCGACAUCAACAUCGACGAGUGCCUGUGCGGCCCGUGCAAGAAUAACGCUACUUGCAUCGACGGCAUCAACACGUUCGACUGUCAAUGCCCGCCCGGCUACACCGGCAAAACCUGCGACGUGGACGUGAACGAGUGCGAGAGCAAUCCCUGCCUGAACGGUGCAACCUGCGUCGACGAGAUCGCCAGCUACACGUGCAUCUGUUCGCCCGGGUUCCGCGGACUGAACUGCGAGAUCAACAUCGACGACUGCGAGCCGUUGCCUUGCUUGAACCACGGCCGUUGCAUCGACGGCAUAAACAACUACACAUGCGACUGCAGUGACACCGGCUUCGAAGGGCCACGCUGCGAGAAGAACAUCGACGACUGCCGCUCGGAGCCGUGCGUGAACGGCGCUACCUGCAUAGAUGACAUCAAGAACUACAAGUGCCGAUGCUACCCCGGCUACACAGGCAAGAACUGCGAGCUAGAUAUCAGCGAGUGCGACAGCACGCCUUGCCAGUACAAUGGCACUUGCCUCGAACGCUCGAGGAAAGAAUUGUACAAGAACGACACGCUGACACUACCUUCCAUCUUUAAUCAAGAUUUCAACUAUGCUAAUGCGAGCGGGUACGAGUGCCUCUGCGUCCAAGGCGUGACGGGCAAAAAUUGCGAGGUAAAUAUCAACGAGUGCGAUAGCAAUCCUUGCCAGGCCGGAACCUGUGUGGAUCGUAUCGGCGGCUACACCUGCGAAUGCGACGAGGGUUACGAGGGAGAUCAUUGUCAGCACGACAUCGACGAAUGCAAAAGGUACACGCCGUGCGAGCACGGUGUGUGCGCCGAUGGCAGAGCCGAUUACACGUGCACAUGCGAGCCUGAGUAUGGCGGAAAAAAUUGUUCGGUGGAGCUCAUCGGUUGUCAAGGAAAUGCCUGCCAAAACGGCGGAACGUGUUGGCCGUAUCUCGUCGACGAGACAAUACAUAAAUUCAAUUGUACUUGCCCGAACGGCUACCAUGGAGAAAUUUGCGAUUACGUAACAACAAUGUCCUUGAGCGGCAGUUCGUACGUCCUGGUUAACACGACCCGGGACGAGGGCUACGACAUACAGUUUCGUUUCCGUACAACCCUGCCGAACGGGUUGCUCGCUAUCGGGAAAGGCUUGACGUUUUAUAUCCUCGAACUGGUCAACGGGAAACUGAAUCUGCACUCGAGCCUCUUGAACAAGUGGGAAGGGGUGUUCAUCGGUAGUGAUCUGAAUGAUUCCACAUGGCAAAAAGUGUUCGUUGCCAUCAACACCACGCACUUGGUUCUCUCGGCGAACGAGGAGCAGACUAUUUACCCUAUUAGCUUGAACGAGGGGUCUAAUUCGAAUCACACUUCUUUCCCGAUGACCUACGUCGGCGGUACUACUAACUACCUACGCCGAUUGACCCAUGGUCCAUCUUUCUUCGUGGGGUGUACCGAGGACGUCGUUAUUAACGGUGAAUGGGUAUAUUCCGGCACAUCAUCGAAAACGGUGUACAUGGAAGAUGUGGAGCCAGGUUGUCCCCGAGAAGCUCAAUGCUCGCCGAAUCCUUGUAAAAAUGGCGGACACUGCACAGACCGAUGGCGCGAUUUUUCCUGCAAAUGCGAGCGGCCUUAUCUCGGCCAUACUUGCCAAUAUAACAUGACAGCGGCCACAUUUGGAUACGAGAAAAUCGCGAACGGAUACGUGACGGUGAAGGUGUCCGAUAUCGCUCGGCGAGCGGUCAGAUCGAUCGUUGACAUUUCUAUGUUCAUACGCACCAGACAAGACAGGGGUGACAUAUUUUAUUUGGGAUCGGAGCCCAGCUCGCCGACCGAUUUCAAGCCUCAAGAAAAAACGUACAUAGCUGCUCAAUUGGAGGGCGGCGAAUUGCUCGUUAGGAUCCAAUUCAACGGCACGGAAGCUUACACGGUGGGUGGCGUGAAGCUAAACGACGGAAACAAUCACCUGAUACAAGUGAUCAGGAACGUGACGUUGGUCCAAGUGAAGAUCAACGGGACCGAAUAUUUUCGGAAAACCAUCAGCGCUUCCGGUCAAUUGAACGUCACCGUUUUAUAUCUGGGCGGGUUGCCACAAGCAUCCAGAUACAUACGCCAAGUCGACAAUCGUCAGAUAGAAGUCCCGCAGGCACCGCAAGUCAACUUCAAAGGAAUCAUCCAGGAUGUUCAGAUAUCGAAUGGAAUUGAAACUAUGGUCGUCGAAUUCUUCCCUCUCAAGGCAAAUGAUAUUCCCACUCCGAUACAAUUCGGCAACGUGUCCUUCGACAACGAUAAGGUCCUGAAGGGCGUAGUCUCCGACAACGUCUGCGUAAGCAAUCCGUGCAACCACAACGGCACCUGCCACGUCACGUGGAACGACUUCUGGUGCCAGUGUCCAAGGGGAUACACGGGCAAGACCUGCCAGGAGAUGGAAUUUUGUCAGCUGCAAGACUGCCCAGCCGGGUCCAAGUGUCAAAACCUCGACGACGGCUACGAGUGCAUCGCGAACGCUACUUUCGACGGAGUGACCACGUCCUUCACGUACAUUUACAAUCAAGUGGAAGAGAAGAAUGUGACCGACUCCACGAUCGAUACCGUUCAAAUCACGUAUCGGUCGAACACCGGCGGUACCCUGAUGCACAUCGCGCCCAGAGUCGGCGAUCAACACUUCACCAUCUCCGUUUACAAAGACAAGAUCACCGUGUCUUGGCGGCUCGACCUGCAGAAUCAAGGAACACUGAGCUUCGGCAAGGUCGAAGCUGAUGGAGAUUGGACGUCCAUAGUGUUGAGAUUGAACAACAAUUCGAUGGAAUGCGGGUACGCGAAUUCCAACGAGGAGACUGCGUCGCACGUCAGCCCGAAUUUUAAUUUCGCUCUGUGGUACGAGUUACUGGUGACCGGAAUGGUUACGCUGGGCGGCCUUGGUUCCAGCUUGUCCGAUCGGCACAGUUACGUCACCAUCGGAUCCAGUAAACAAAUAUUAGAGAACAGGAGCGGGAUACAAGACAAUUCGAUAGACUUCAAUGAACGAGCGCUGACCACCGUUUCACCGCCUCAUAAUGUGAUGUCAGGAGAAGCUUUCAAGGGAUGUUUAGGAGAAGUGCGAAUAGGCAGUAUGCUGUUGCAUUACUUCACGUACGAAGAAGUUUAUCAAAACGCCAACUUUACACCUCUGGAGUAUUUAGCGUUACGAGAGAACAAUUCAACGCAUCACGAGAGCAUCGGUUGUCAGCUUUGCUUUGAUACAGAUUGUAAAAACGAUGGACGCUGCCUUGAUAAAGCAAACAGUUACAUUUGCGAGUGCCGCGCCGGUUACACGGAAGACGAUUGUUCCUUCAACAUUAACGAAUGCAUCAAUAAUAAAUGUGAAAACGGGGCGACCUGCAUUGAUGGCAUAGCCAAUUACACAUGCGUGUGUAAUAGUGGAUGGCAAGGAUGGCUAUGUGACAGCGAUAUAAACGAGUGCGUAACUCUCAGUCCCUGUCAGCACGACGGAGUGUGCAUAAAUCUUCCCGGUUAUUUCCGCUGCGAAUGUCCCGAUCAGUUCACCGGGGAAUUGUGCCAGAAUUUCCGUUUGAUCACCUGCGAGAACGAACCCUGCAUCAACGGCGUUUGCUCGGACGUCGUCAAUCCUCAGACUGGUGAUAACUUCACUUGCACAUGCCACGCCGGCUACGAAGGCUCGCUGUGUAAUGUUCCCUACUGCAUCGGUCGAAAGUGUCAAAACGGUGGCAGAUGCGAUUACUUACACCAGGCACCUCGGUGCACGUGUCCACUCGGUUACUCCGGACUUUAUUGCGAAAUUAAUAUUGACGACUGCGCGCCCGAUGCUGAAGGAAAUGUACCCUGCAAAAAUGACGGGAAAUGCUACGACGGUGUGAACAACUUCACUUGCGACUGCACUGAUACUGGCUACGUAGGGCCUGAUUGUUCCUACGACAUUGACGAAUGUCAAGAUCCAACCACAAAUUGUGGUCACGGGCGGUGCGAAAAUCUACCAGGGAUUUAUCAGUGCAUUUGUGACCCUGGUUAUUGUGGAUAUAACUGCGGGAUGAUGGAUCCUUGUAGAGAGGAUUAUUGUCAAAAUGGCGGUACAUGCAAGUGUGGAGAUGACGGCGGAUACAGGUGUCAAUGUACUCCUGAAUACACCGGGCAAAAUUGUACAGAGACGGAAAACUUUUUGGGGAGCCAAGCGCUCGAUAUAGCUGUGAUCGUCGGCCCCAUCAUCGGGUGUCUGUUUCUUGUAGCAGCGGGUUCGUUAGUCGCAUUAUUUAUGAUGGCCAGAAAGAAACGAGCAACUCGAGGAACUUACAGUCCGAGUGCUCAAGAAUUCAGUAAUCCACGCGUUGAGAUGGACAACGUGAUGAAGCCACCACCGGAAGAGAGAUUAAUUUAAAAUUGCUCGUGGCGAAGGAGCAUGGCACGAAUGUUCCGCGUCUAUAAAUCCUAGUCGUUUGAAAAUAUGCAAAGUGGUGGUGUAUAUCGGUGGUGUAUACCGACUGGAGGGGAGAACCUCGAAGAAUCAUCCUUGCAAGAGAACUCAUUUGGAAAGGGCAAGUGAAAACAUAUAAGGAUUCAUCGCGCUUUCUAGUCCACGCUCCGUAUUACGGUGUCAUCAAAUUGACCUAAGAAAUUGAGCAAACAAUACUAGACAUGAGAAUCGAUUCCGAAGAGUGGCGCUAAAGACGAGCCACGUUAGAGCUAUUUUAAACGCAACUUCGACAUCAGAUCGGAAUCACAAUACUGACGUGUUGACUGCCAGUCAAUUUUCCUACAUUUUUCUAAAUAUAUUAGACAAAUAUUAGAAAACAUUGCAUCGAAUUAUUUAAUUAAUUUGCAUUAUCGUCAUCUAAUGAAUUUUAUUAUUGCCGAUCACCAAUCAGUACAGAGGCGCCAUUAACAAUUCGAGCGCUAGUCAUUGGUGACACCUAUGGCAGUCGACGUGUUAAAUACAUGUUACAAUUGGCAAAAUCAUAAAAUUACAUAGAAUUCUUAAAAAGUUGUUUACGUUUUAGUAUCGCUCGUAUGUCUGAUUCAAAAGAAUUAUGAAUCUACACAAAGUGUACUUAAAACUCCGUUAAGUGUCCUUAUUAUGCAAGCAAUACUCGGAAGAAGCUCUUAAGGCAACGAGACCCGUCCAUUUUAGUGCCUAACUUACCCUACUUGAAGAGAUUUUAUUUAUAAGCAAUGAAUAUUGGGCGUCGAAGAGUACGUAUUUCAGAAACGCGUAGAACUCUCGAGUGUGUGUGUUGAGAUCUCUCAAGCAUAAUGGUAUUAUUCUCAUACUGUUCGCUAGACUCCAAGUAGCUGAUGCAGAUGUCGUUAUAAAAUAUCGUAGCGUAGAUGUAUAACGACUUAUGGCAAAGAUGCUGGAACGUUGUAAAAAUAUCAUAAAGGGUGUCUGUAUUGACUCGCAAAGUACUUAUCGUCGGUGCGUUUUCACGUUUCGUAGCGUUAUCGCGCUUGUUAAUUUUGUACAUAAACUAGACCGUAAGUUAAAGAAAUUAACACGAUUCUACCAAUAACAUUUUAUAUGAGUACACUACGGAUCUUUAUGCACUUAUAACGAACUCUGCACAUUUAUCAAAUACAAAUGUAUAUUAAUGACGUGUCUACUUUAUUUUUACCAUAAAAAAUCUUUUCGUUGGCAAAAUCCAUUUUCCCUUUAUUUUAAUUUUUACAAAUAAUCGAUGAAAAUAGGAAUUUGCAUAAAGAUCCGCAGUCUAUACAUGAGUAUAGUAUUUAAUAAUGAAUAUUAUUUGGUAUGUAAUUAUUUACUACCACGACCAAAGUAAUAGCGAGAUGUUUUCUCGCCUGUUAAUAUAAUUGAUGUAGCCGAUUACAAACAAAAUAUCAUUCUCAAUCGAUAGGAUUAUAACGUGUCCUGUUAUUACUAUCAUUUUGUUUUUAAAUACGGAAACUUCAACGUACUAUUCGUUUGAUUUAUUCAAUCCGAAUUCACAUAAAUUCACAAUACUGAACUAUAGAAACAAAAUUUUUAAUUAAUAAACAUAUCUUGAUACUGACAUGAUUGUAUCAAGCACACUAUAUUACGCAUGUUAACAUUUACUAAAUAUGAUGAACAAUAUGCUCUAUAGUGUAAUGUGAUAUCAAUCAAAAGCAAGUGAAAAUUUAUUACACGAAUUAAAAACAAACAACCGUAUUACACUAUUAAGUUGUAAUUUUUAUUCUAUGUAUGUUAUAAAGUAAAUAUCAUCAAGAUUUUCUUGAAGACUGAAUUUUUGGGUACUAAGAAGAAUUCAAAAAUAUGUGUGCAUGCGGUUUUCACAUGAGUACUUAUUUUAUGACAAAAUGUGACAACAUGCGAUAUAUAAGUAAAUAAUUAUAAUAAUUUUAAAAAUUGAAUGUACAAAAACAAUAAAACUUAAAAUACUU